CGGGUGCCAAGCGCGGCGAGCCUUGCCGGUGCAGAGCGCGGCGGCCGCGCCUGGGCGCGCCUGGAGAUGGUGCGCGCCUCCCGCGGCACUCGGAGCGCAGCCGCCGCCGCCGCCGCCGCCACCUGCGCUCGCCGCCUGGCCGCUGCCCUCUGCCCGGCGCCCGCACGGCGAGGCUGUUUACAGUAGUCUAGAGACCCGUCUGUGUCUCUCAUGCUCACGGUGAGCCAUGGCAACAGAUGAUAAAGUUGCCAUUUUAACUGACGACGAAGAGGAGCAAAAGAGGAAAUACGUGCUUGCCGAUCCUUUCAAUGGAAUUUCCAAGGAGCAAGACCCCCAAGCUCAAAGUGACACACCCUCAACGGAGACCACCACCACCAUUCCAGACGAGGAGCUGGACUGGCUCGAAAAGCACUGUGUCAAAGUGAACAAUGACCUUCUGGUCUCAAAAGUAUUUUAUUUUUUCUUUUAUGCCGCAUAUGGUUCCCUCUACCCGUUGCUGCCUGUGUAUUACAAACAGCUGGGCAUGACUCCCAGCCAGAGCGGGCUGCUGGUGGGCAUCCGAUACUUCAUCGAGUUCUGCAGUGCCCCCUUCUGGGGAGUGGUGGCAGACCGCUUUAAAAAAGGAAAGGUGGUCCUCCUCUUCUCGCUUUUGUGUUGGGUGCUGUUUAAUUUGGGAAUUGGGUUUGUGAAACCGGCUACCUUAAGGUGCUCGCCAAAGUUCCCGGUGCCAGUGCGUCCUACCAACGCCAGCCACCUUUUGACAACGGCCCCGCAAAACGUCUCUCUUUCUUUUCCUGUGUCUGCGGCUGGAACUGCGUUACCAAAGAGAAAAGAGAAAAGGGGCCUGCCACCUUCCGGCCUGCCAACAGUCGGCUCGACUUUAUCUGUAAUUCCUGAAACCCCAUUCCACCCAACCACUCAUAGCGGGAACCGGAAACCAUCUCUAAAAGAGGAAGGGAGUGUAGCGUCGGACGCCAUUACAAAACAUAACUUGGUGAAUACGGUGGUUACCCUGGGACCUGGAGGAAAUACAACCCCUGCUUCUACAGCGCUCGUGGUCACCACAAAGGCAGUGCAUCCUUCUCAGGUCUCUCUUGUCUACGAUCAUCGGGAGGUGGAGGCUAUCUUCCUGCUCAUCUUAUUAGUGGUCAUCAUAGGAGAGUUUUUCAGUGCCUCGUCGGUUACCAUUGUAGACACAGUGACCCUGCAGUACCUCGGAAAGCACCGGGACCGCUAUGGGUUGCAGCGAAUGUGGGGCUCUCUGGGCUGGGGGCUGGCCAUGCUGUCUGUGGGAAUCGGUAUUGACUCUACUCGUAUCGAGGUGCCGGUGGAAGGUCAAGGAUGCAAAGCUCCGGAGUACAAGAACUACAGGAUCGUUUUCAUCGUCUUUGGAGUGUUGAUGACUCUUUCGUUGAUCGUAGCAACCCAGUUCCGGUUUCAUUACAACCACUACAAGCAAGAGGACGACCAAAGCAAAGAGGCAGAGGAGUCCCAAGGGGAGAGAAAUCCUUCCACGGACUCGCCCAGCGAGACCCCUAGCGACACAAGUCAGUCGCAGUCCUUCAACUUUUGGGAUUUGAUCAAGAUGCUCUGCAGCAUCCAGUAUGGCUCUGUACUUUUUGUGGCUUGGUUUAUGGGCUUUGGAUAUGGCUUUGUGUUCACCUUUCUCUAUUGGCAUCUGGAGGAUCUAAAUGGCACCACCACUCUUUUUGGCGUCUGUUCGGUCCUGAGUCACGUGUCUGAACUGACAGCAUAUUUUUUCAGCCAUAAAUUGAUUGAGCUGAUCGGCCACAUCAGGGUCUUGUAUAUUGGUCUUGCCUGCAACACAGCUCGGUAUAUUUACAUCUCCUAUCUGGAAAACGCUUGGACCGUUCUCCCAAUGGAAGUCCUUCAAGGGGUGACUCAUGCAGCCAUCUGGGCGGCUUGCAUCUCCUACCUGAGUGCUGCGGUGCCUCCUGAACUGAGAACUUCGGCUCAGGGCAUCCUCCAGGGGCUUCAUCUGGGCUUGGGCAGAGGAUGCGGAGCGAUGGUUGGAGGCGUGCUGGUCAACUACUUUGGGGCGGCUUCGACAUUCAGAGGGAUUGGAAUGGCCUGUCUUGUGAUCCUCUUGCUUUUCGCUUUAAUCCAGUGGCUGGCCGUUCCUGAUGAACAAGAAGAAAAGACCAUGCUGGCCGAAAGGAUCCCGGUGCCUUCUAGCCCGGUGCCAAUUGCCACGAUUGAUCUCGUGCAGCAACAGGCGGAAGACAUCCUGCCCCGACCUGAGCCCAGGCCUCCCCCCAAGAAGACCAAGCACCAAGAGGAGCAGGAGGACGUGAACAAACCCGCCUGGGGAGUCAGUUCUUCUCCGUGGGUGACUCUCGCUUACGCCAUCUACCAGAUAAAGGAGAUGGUGCAGCUCUCCAGGAGCAAUCAGGCCCUUGAGAACCAGCCGCUGCAGCAAGCCGACAAUAGCCCAGGCUCUGUGCCGAGCACUCCUUCAAACCAGUCUCUGAAUGUGAGAAACAGUGACGCCUCUGGAGACUCUUCAGUACCUCCGGCCCCCCGGGGCCCCUCCUCUAGCCCAGACUACCCCUUGCCGGACCCAGUUCCUCCCGACAGUAAAGCUCCAUCUCCAGAAGGUGAACACCAGGCCGAGUCCAUCACGGCCCACUCGCUGCAUUGAGUCCUGCCCUUGGCCGGAGAGCCUGAAACCUACCACAGCUCCCUUCUCCGCAGCGGUAACCUGACGCUACACAAGCUUUUAAAAUAUUGAAGGCCUUUUCUGCGACAGAACCCGACUCGGCCUGUUUGAGAAAGGACUGAAAGCCCGGGAGGGCUCGAUGGAAGAGACGGUGUUGUUAGGGACUAGCAACCCAGUUCGACGUUUCACUUGAAAAAUUUGCAACCCGUAUAGAAAGGCGGAUUGGCCUAUAUCUGCGUAGCAAACAGAACCCUAAGUGGAUAUUGCCCUCUAUCAAUUUGACUUUAAUUUGUCCUUUUUGGGAAAAGGGGAGGGAGAGAAUAAAAAUUUGCUUUAGUUUCACAAGUGGAAUGUUGCAUUGCAAUUGUCUCUAGCUUGUUAAAAAGGAUGUUGUGUUAGUUAUUGGGGGAAGGGGGAAUCGACCGCUAUUUCCCUCCCAGUCUGUAUUAAGCUUCAUAGGAGAAAUAUUUAUUUCCUUGUAAAAACUGGAGAAACUACUGAAACUUCCAAGAGAGAUACUAGCAAGUACCUAAAUGAAGGAUACAAGUCUGUCUUUUGUAAAGACUUCUAAAAACCACGCACAGGUUAUGGCUGGUAGAUUUCUAGGUGAAACGCAUGUUGGAACUCCUCCAGACACAAAGCUGCUGUUAACUCUUCUGUCACCAGUCCAAGGAGGGUUAGUUGAUAAGGGCAUUUUAGGAAGAAGAGAGCCAUCAAGAAACGCAUUGUGCUUAGGAGGGUACUAGUUAAGGUGAAAGACUUUAAGCAGGACACCAAAAUUCAAGUGGGGAUUGUUUAGGCUGAGAACAUUUACAGGGGAUACCGUGGCCCUAGACCAAUGAGGGAGAUUCACCUACAGAAAUUCUCUGUGUGUAGCUUCCCUUUUACCUGUGAAAGUGGGCGGGGGCACACAGGGGAAGACUCCACCCCUUUUCCUGCAUUUGAGACUUAGGUGUGGUCCAAAAUGGUUGGUUCUGACUUCUUUCGAUGGAGGGUGGUGUUGAGUCUAGCCUGUACAGGAUGCAUUCUGUCUCUUGACAGCACUGGUGGAAGAGAGAGGGGGUUAUCUAAUGUGCAGUGGCAGGAGUGUAGACCAACCAGGGCCGAGGAACCUCUCUUGAGUGGGGCCAACAGAUUGCAUCCUACUAUUCGGCACAGCAAAGCUUGGAAAUGCCUUCCUACGGAAGAGCCCCUUCCACGGGAGGAAAGCUUCCAGCUUUGCAGAGCAUGGUGGUAGGAUACAAGCCAAUAUAUUGUAAUUUCAGGAUACAGUAUAAAAUCGGUUGAUUUGGGGAAAGGAGGGAUGUAACAUUUAAAAUUACAGUCCUCCAUAAAUAAAGUGCCUGAGGGCUGGAGAAGGGCCAGAAAGGGAAUAGCCUGUAAACCCAAAUGACUUCUAGAAUAGAAAUGGAAGAUAUUGUUAAUGGUAGGAAUCUAAACACAGAUGUGAUGAAAAUGGACACAAUACAUUUGGAGUGUUUUACCAUUUUAUGUUGUUUCAUCAGACACUAGCAGAGAUGGUAUGUUUCUCAGCGUUGGUUGAUCCUGGCUCUUUUUGCCCUUUAUUUACAACUGAGAGCAAAUGCUAAGUUCACAGACCAAGUCCUUUGGGUUGGGGAGUUCUAAAGCUGGGUGGAACUUUGGUUGGCCUGUCUCAUUCAGAUUUUCUGAGAUUUACAACAUUACCACCUUAAUCCUACUAAUUCCCACUGCCAACCAUGGCCGUUUCCACACUGCUUACCUUCUCUCGGAAUGCAUCGGAACAUCGUGCAAA